AAACCUAUCCUUGUCUCUCUUGCCCAGUGAUACUGCACAUAAAACCAUAAAAAUGGAGUUAUCUGUUGUACAAUGUCAUAAUAUCUCCAAAUAUUUUAAUUCUCCUUUAAUUUCUUCUUUAUCAGCUUCAGCUCCCACCAUUUCAAGAACCAAAAAAUCUCAACUCACCUUAGCAGUUGCCUCAUCAUCACCACCACCAACAACAAUUCACAGAAAAUAUUACAAGAAUAGCAAUGAGAAACUGGGAAAUGGUGAAUACAAUGCUGAAAGGCGUCACUCAAAGUCUUACUUGGCUAGACAAGCUGCCAUUCAGGAAGUUCAACAGUCCCCUGACUUGGAUUCUGCUCUUCAAAGAUUAGGAGGGAUAUUGAAGGCACAAGACUUGAAUGUAAUUUUAAGGACUUUUGGGAAGCAAAGGAGAUGGCAGGAUCUCUCUAAGAUUUUUGAUUGGAUGAAAAAACAUGAUAAAGUCAAUGUUUCUUCGUAUAGCAGUUACUUGAACUUCAUGGGAAAGAGUCUCAAUCCUGUAAAGGCCCUAGAAUUCUAUAAUGACAUUCCAGAUGAAUCUACGAAAACUAAUGUCUUCAUAUGUAAUUCCGUUCUUAACUGCCUAGUCAAGAGUGGCAAGUUUGAUAGCAGCCUUAAACUGUUUCAUAAGAUGAAGCAAGAUGGUCUUAAACCAGAUGCAAUUACAUAUAGUACGCUUCUUUCAGGUUGCAUGAAGGUCAAACAUGGAUAUUCCAAGGCAUUAGACUUUGUUCAAGAACUUAAGUAUAAUGGAUUACAGAUGGACAGUGUGAUGUAUGGAACUCUUUUGGCAGUUUGUGCUUCAAAUAAUCUAUGUGAAGUAGCAGAGAGCUAUUUUAACCAGAUGAAGGAUGAAGGUCAUUCUCCUAAUGUAUUUCAUUAUAGUUCUUUGCUCAAUGCUUACACUUCAAGUGGAAAUUAUAAAAAGGCUGAUGAGUUGAUGGAAGACAUGAAAUCUGUAGGGUUAGUUCCAAAUAAGGUAAUAUGGACAACUUUAUUGAAAGUAUAUGUUAGAGCAGGCUUGUUUGAGAAAUCACGAGAGCUACUGCUUGAAUUGGAAACUUUGGGCCAUACGGAGCAUGAGAUGCCAUAUUGUAUAUUGAUGGAUGGCCUUUCCAAGUCUGGGCUUAUAACUGAAGCAAGAUCAGUUUUUGAUGAAAUGAAGGAAAAAGGUGUUAAAUCUGAUGGCUAUGCUCAUAGUAUCAUGAUUUCUGCAUAUUGUCGAGGGAGGCUUUUGGAAGAGGCAAAGCAAUUGGCAAAAGAGUUUGAGACCCAGUAUGAUAAAUAUGAUUUGGUUAUAUUAAACACUAUGCUCGCUGCCUACUGCAGAGCUGGUGACAUAGAAAAUGUGAUGCAAACAAUGAGAAAAAUGGACGAAGUGGCAAUCAGCCCUAGUUAUAAUACAUUUCAUAUUCUUAUCAAAUUUUUUUGUAAGCAAAAGUUGUAUCCCCUUGCUUACCGGACAAUGAAGGACAUGCAUAGGAAUGGCCACCAGCCAGAGGAGGAACUCUGUUCCUUGUUGAUUUUCCACCUUGGUAAAGCUAAAGCCCAUGAAGAAGCCUUCUCUGUUUAUACAAUGUUGAAAUAUGGCAAGAGAACCAUGUGCAAAGCCCUUCAUGAGAAGAUUCUGCACAUUCUUAUAGCUGGUCAGCUUCUCAAAGAAGCUUAUGUUGUUGUUAAGGACAAUUCUGAGUUAAUUUCUCAAGCUGCUAUAAAGAAGUUUGCAAACUCAUUUAUGAGGCUUGGUAACAUCAAUUUGAUAAAUGAUGUCAUGAAGGCUAUUCACAGUUCUGGAUACAAGAUUGAUCAGGAACUAUUUCAAAUGGCCAUAUCCCGUUAUAUUGCCGAACCUGAAAAGAAGGAUUUGCUUCUGCAGUUGCUCCAGUGGAUGCCUGGCCAAGGUUAUGCUGUUGAUUCUUCCACAAGAAACCUAAUUCUUAAGAACUCUCACUUAUUCGGUCGGCAGCUUAUUGCUGAGAUCUUGUCCAAGCAGCACACGGUGUCCAAAACCCUGAAAUCUCUGUAAAGAAAGGAUGGCUAAUUCACCCACUUUGCUACUUUCUCCAAAGCCAAAGGUAGCUUUUGAGACUAGGAUGGGAAGCACCCUAGUUUGCAGGAAUCACGGCAAGCAAUCAAUUAUGGACGAACAAUCAGUCACUGUCAUUUUGUAUAUGCUUGCAAACUCUUUGUGUUAGGGGGUCUUUUUUUCCCUUAAAAAAUAUGAUAAUUACCCAAAGGAUAAUAAUAUGCAGCAGUAUGCGCACAGAAGCUAGGUGCUAGAGAUGCAUAGUAUGAACUGGUGAUACGGCAAGGAUACAGACGGAUUCUGUCUGACCAAGCGUUGCUUACAUCUGGUUUAAUAUCGGUAAUAGAUUUCCAAACUGCACUAUUACACUUGAAGCCACUACCAAAUGCAAUUUGCCAAAUCUGAUCUCCUUUCUUAACCUUUCCUUUUGCUUCCAGGUAGCACAGUUCAUACCAAACUGAAGAGGAUGAAGUGUUACCGAAUCUAUAUAAUGUCAUCCUCGAAGCUUCUCCAUCUUCCUUCUCCAGCUUGAGAUUACUCUCGACAGCAUCAAUUAUUGCCCUUCCUCCAGCAUGAAUGCAGAAAUGGUUAAAAGCUUUCUUGAGUUUUGGCACAUAUAUUUCAUUUUGUUUUACAUUGUUCGAUAGCUUUUGGCAAAUUACAGACCAUCCGAAUCUGAGCUGCUCAGAGUAAGUAAUGGAUGGAGUGGGACAGAAUAAGCUGCAAUUUGAUAUCAGAAUAUCAAUACUUUUCGGAUUUAUCCCGUGUUUGGCAAGAAGAUCGCCUGCAACUGUGAAUAGAACUUCUUCAAUUUCUUCUUUCGCUGAUUUGAAAGAAGCUAGCUCUGGUAACUCAUGCACUGACACUGGCAAGCAGGCCUCAUCUCCAACGCCGGAUCUUUCCAAAACCUUCUCUUGAAAAUGAAGACUUUCUUUCUCGAAGACACCACUUUCAGCGCCAUGUUCUAAGAACAUAGAGCUUGGGACUCGCAAGUGAUCUGCUGGAAAAUAACAGAUGAAGUCUAAAAGAUAGACACAAUUUGAUCUGAGAGCAAAGUAGAAAACUGCAAUUAUUAAAGUGGUUCCGAAUAAGAAAUGUGUGAAUGGAAAUGAGAAGUUUGCCAAGAUCGACGAGUUAGACAGGGAAAAAUUGGUGAAUAUGUCGGUCACCAUUGUCGAUGUUGAUAUGCAAAUGCGGUUAUAUUUAUGGUGUUAAAUAUGAAUAGAUAUUUUAAUUCUACUGGAAUAAGAAACCUUUUUUUUUGUUA